CACAGUGGGCAGGCGGGAGGGCAGCAGGCAUCGGGCAGGCAGCAAGGAGGGAGACUCACCCACCAGGAGGUAGAGCUCCCCCGGUGCAGCUUGAAUAGGAAGGCCCCCAGCCCCGGACAGAUGCAGUGUCCAACUUGAUGCCCCCCCCAGCUUCUCCGGUAAGUGACCCUGCCUCCUGUCCAGAAGCUGCAGCUGCCCUUCUCGGUAACAUUCUCAGAGACAAGGCCAGACUAGCAGGCUCGAGGGUUUGUGCCCCUCCUAUCCCUCUUGCCAGACCUCCCUACCGCCCCAUGCCCCCUCCCUCCUGCCAGCCCCACUGUCCCCAGCUAGCCUUUGAUCCCAGCCCUGAUCCUGGCCUCACUGGACUUUGAUGGGAAAACUAAAAGGUCCCAGAGGCCCCUGGGGGGAAGGACUCUAAGGAGACCUCCCUCCAGCUCCCCAGUGCUUCCUCUACCUCUGGGAAGGGUUCUCUACAAUCAGUGUGGAAUUCCAGAAAUCUUUCCCCCAAGAGCCUCCUCCCCAUGCAGGUCCCUGUGCCUAUCAGGUCUGCCUUAGAGGGGAUAUCCAGGUUCAGAUGUGUCUUUGGACUGCCAGACAGGGACAAGAAGAAGAAAGUUUCCUGUUCCUUAAAGGGAUAAUGCCCCAGAGCCCACCUCCUUUAAAGAAAGAAGUGGCUCUGACACCCAUUUCUUCCUGCAAAGUGGCUGGAAGCCAGUCCUGUGUAGCCAUGGAGACUGGCAAGGGAAGUUUGUGAUUAAAUUAGCCACCUUAUAAAUAAAGAAAAGGGGUUGUCCCCAGAUCCCCCAGCCCCUGGCCCAGCAGGCUUUCAGGACUAAGAAGAAGCCCACAGGAGUGGGAGGUAGGGAAGCUGGGUUACAUGCUUCACUGCACUUUUGCUGAAUGCAGAGCAAAAAGGAUGAGCAGGAACUGCAGCGGGAAUGAUAAAGAGCUAGCUGUCAGAUGGACUUCCCAGAACAGGCACAGGGAGGAUGAGGGAGACUGGGACACAUCUGUCCCUGGAGAACUCUCAGCAUGCCAGAGAUACCUGCUAGGCUGGGCUGGGGACCAGAGGAGCCUGGUCUGCAGCCUCUGCCUGCCCCGGGCCAUCCUCUCUCAUCCCAAGCCUUGGGAUGGUGUCCUACAUCGCUCUGCCUCUUUGAUCUCCAAUUUCGAACUACUACAGCAGGAGAGCCACCAGAUCUGCCCUUCUGAAGGAGGGUUGCAGAGGCUAGUUCCAAUCAGGAUCCAAGGUUGUGAUCCUCCUGGAUGGGAACAAGUCAGACCAUGUCUUAAACUGCCUCUCCUAAGUUCCACAUGGGAGAAAAUGGGGCAUGUGGAAGAGGGCUGACUCUUUAGGGCCCAGGCAGCCUGAAGCCCCAAAGGCCAUCUGGAUCUGCAGCUACAAAGACAGCCAGGCAUCCUGCUUCCCAGCGAGCAUCACUUGUCUCUGGUUCCAUCCCUUUAGCCCUCUCUUGCCAAUUCCAGGACCUCCCCUCCCUUGUGCAAUGCCUGUUGACACCAAGCCAGGAGACUUGAGGGUAAAUUCACCACCCACGAGGCCCGUCUCUAUAACCUCCACCAGUCCCCGUGGCCGUUCUGCUCACCAUCGUCCUGAUUCUGCCCAGGCCCACGGUGCCCAGAAACCCACUUGCAGUCUACAGGCCAUGCACAUGGCCUCCCAGCCUUCCCACAUGCAGCAUGUGGAAGGUGCGGUCUCCCCCUUGCCUGUGUCUCCUUGGGUCACAAAGUCUGGCUCUAGAGUAUCACUCAGGCAGCUGGAUCCCAAAGGGACAAGAUGGCCCUCAGAUUCACACCUUGGACUAAAUCAAAAUACCAUCAAGUAGGGAGAGAAGAGAAGCCUGAGACUGAAGACUGAGCAACAAAACUCGAAAUGUGGGCUUCCCCUGGGUCCCUUGCACACCCCAAUGUCAUCUACAGGCGCUGCCCUGAGGGUUCUUGUGAGGGAUUCAAGUGCCCCCUGCAGCCCGUGCCAGAGCUAAGGUGCCACUGGGCUUUUGUCCAUGCAGGCAUUUUGGGCAGAGUGGAUCCUACUAAUUCAGGGCACCAGGCCCUGGGCUAGGCUGCAGGACGGCAGAGGGACAGUGAGUGGAGCCUGGGAGAGCAGAGCCGAAUGUGUUUGGAGGACUUAAUCAAGGAUUGAAGAGGGGAUAGCUAUGGCCACAGCUCCAAAGAGAGCCCGGGCCCCAUGGCUCCCUCUCCUGUUCCUGUUCCUCCUGCCUGGAGGGAGCUGUGGCAGGUGCCCUGCCGUCUGUGACUGUACCUCCCAGCCCCGGGCAGUGCUCUGUGCCCAUCGGCGACUGGAGACUGUGCCUGGGGGACUCCCACUGGACACUGAGCUCCUGGACCUGAGUGGGAAUCACCUGUGGGGGCUUCAGCGGGGGAUGCUCUCCCGCCUGGGCCUGCUCAAGGAGCUGGACCUCAGCUACAACCAGCUCUCCAUCCUUGAGCCUGGAGCCUUCCACGGCCUCCAAAGCCUCCUCACCCUGAGGCUGCAGGGCAAUCGACUGCGAAUCAUGGGGCCUGGGGUCUUCUCAGGCCUAUCCGCCCUCAAGCUACUGGACCUCCGCCUCAACCAGAUUGUCCUGUUCCUUGACAGAGCCUUUGGGGAGCUGGGCAGCCUCCAGCAGCUGGAGGUAGGAGAUAACCACCUGGUGUUCGUGGCCCCAGGGGCCUUUGCAGGGCUGGCCAAGCUGAGUGCCCUCACACUGGAGCGCUGCAACCUCAGCACAGUGCCCGGCCUGGCCCUCGCCCGCCUCCCAGCACUACUGACCCUAAGGCUUCGAGAACUAGAUAUCGGGAGGCUGCCAGCCGGGGCACUCCGGGGGCUGGGGCAGCUAAAGGAGCUGGAGAUCCACCACUGGCCAUGCCUGGAGGCCCUGGAGCCUGGGAGCCUGCUGGGGCUCAAUCUCAGCAGCCUGGCCAUCACCCGCUGCAAUCUGAGCGCCGUGCCCUUCCAAGCGCUCCACCAUCUGAGCUUCCUCCGGGUCCUGGAUCUGUCUCAGAACCCCAUCUCGGCCAUUCCGGCCCGAAGGCUCAGUGCUCUGGUGCGGCUCCAGGAGCUCCGACUGUCAGGGGCAUGCCUCACCUCCAUCGCGGCCCAUGCCUUCCACGGCUUGACCGCUUUCCAUCUCCUGGACGUGGCAGACAACGCCCUGCAGACGCUGGAGGAAACAGCCUUCCCUUCUCCAGACAAACUAGUCACCCUGAGGCUGUCUGGCAACCCCCUGACCUGUGACUGCCGACUCCUCUGGCUGCUCCGGCUCCGCCGCCGCCUGGACUUUGGCACGUCGCCCCCUGCCUGUGCCGGCCCCCGGCACGUCCAGGGGAAGAGCCUGCAGGACUUCUCAGACAUCCUACCUCCGGGGCACUUCACCUGCCAACCAGCCCUGAUCCGAAAGUCCGGGCCGCGAUGGGUCAUUGCAGAGGAGGGGGGACAUGCUGUUUUUUCCUGCUCUGGAGACGGAGACCCAGCCCCCACUGUCUCCUGGAUGAGGCCUCAGGGGGCUUGGCUGGGAAGGGCUGGGAGAGUGAGGGUCCUAGAGGAUGGGACGCUGGAGAUCCGCUCAGUGCAGCUACAGGACAGAGGGGCCUACGUCUGCAUGGUCAGCAAUGUCGCUGGGAAUGACUCCCUGAGGACCUGGCUGGAAGUAAUCCAGGUUGAUCCACCAAAUGGCACUCUCUCUGACUCCAACAUCACCAUGCCAGGGAUCCCAGGGCCCUUCUUCCUGGAUAGCAGAGGGGUAGCUAUGGUGCUAGCAGUUGGCUUCCUUCCUUUCCUCACUUCAGUGACCCUCUGCUUUGGGCUCAUUGCCCUCUGGAGCAAGGGCAAAGGCCGGGUCAAACAUCACAUGACCUUUGACUUUGUGGCACCUCGGCCCUCUGGGGAUAAGAACUCUGGGGGUAACCGGGUCACUGCCAAGCUCUUCUGACUUUUCCUUCCACAUUGGAAUUCCAGCCAAGCCAGCUUCAGGUACCAAAACGGAAGAAACUCAAGGCUGAUUGGUCCAGAACCUAAUCCCACAUCGUGCCAGCAGCUAAUGACGCCUCCCGCGAGUCUGCCUCCCCCUGCUUUUGCAGUUUGAGGGUCCCAGGGAGAAGAUGCAGACCUGUAGUCAGCUCAGCCCUCCCCACCCCCCACGAAGCAGGAAACAUUCUCAAGGCUCCAGUCUACUUGUUGGCACACGCUUACAAUCACCACCAAUUGCCAACCACAGCUAUAAGAUUAUUGCAGAGGUGAGGCUGUAAAGUGUUGCUUGCUUCUCAGAGUUUCUACUCCUCAACCAGGCAGGCUUCCCUCUUUUUUCUGCUCUGUCCUCUCCCCAGGCACAAGGAACUAGGGCCAAGGACCUCAGGCAAAGAAGAUGUGAGUGUGCCAUGGGGGUGGUGGUGCAGACUACACAUCAGUGCUGUGUCUGCAUGAGCCUCCAACCCCUGUUCCAUCUGUCUCAUCAUUAAACUUGCUGCCAAAUGGCCACAACAG